AUGGACGGCAUCAAGAAGACGUUUGCGCAAUGCAAGAAGGAGGGCAGGUCUGCUCUCGUCACCUAUGUGACUGCGGGUUUCCCUACCGCAGAGGAGACGCCAGACAUCAUGAUGGCCAUGGAGGCGGGAGGCGCUGAUAUCAUUGAACUCGGCAUGCCCUUCACCGACCCCAUUGCAGACGGCCCAGCAAUCCAGACCGCGAACACACAAGCCCUCAAGAACGGCGUCAACAUUGGCAGCGUUCUCCAGAUGAUCCGCGAUGCGAGGAAGCGGGGUCUCAAGGCACCCGUCCUUCUUAUGGGAUACUACAACCCUCUGCUCAGCUACGGCGAGGAGAAGAUGCUGCAGGACGCAAAGGAGGCCGGAGCCAACGGCUUCAUCAUGGUCGACCUGCCACCCGAGGAGGCUCUGCGCUUCAGGAAUUUCUGCCGCAGCUACGGUCUCUCCUACGUUCCUCUUAUUGCACCCGCUACGUCCGAGCACCGCAUGCGCGUCCUCUGCAAGAUCGCCGAUUCCUUCAUCUACGUCGUGUCUCGCAUGGGCGUCACUGGCGCCUCCGGUACCAUGAACGCUGCUCUUCCCCAGCUGCUCGAGCGCGUCCACAAAUACUCUGGCAACGUCCCGGCUGCCGUCGGUUUUGGUGUCAGCACACGCGAUCACUACCUGAGUGUAGGCAAGAUUGCUGAGGGUGUCGUCAUCGGUAGCCAGAUUAUCAACACAUUGCUCAAGGCUGAACCAGGAACGGGCGCAAAGGCAGUCGAGAAGUACUGCGACGAGAUCUGCGGCAAGAGCACCCGCGGUGCGCCUCGCGAGGUCGGUAUCAUCGAGACAUUGAACGAGGCCAAGGAGCCCACCAACGUGCAUGUCGACAAGGUUAUUACCGACAAGGACACACCGGACGGUCCUGGCCUGGCUGACCAGCUGGAGAUGCUCAACACUGAUGAUGCUAACGGCACCAACGGUACACACGAGCAGAAUGGAUUUGACGAGAAGCACAAGUUCCCCGCACGAUUCGGCGAAUUCGGUGGCCAAUACGUUCCUGAAUCGCUUAUGGACUGUCUCUCUGAGCUCGAGGAAGGUUUCAAUGCAGCCAUCGAAGAUCCCAAAUUCUGGGAAGAAUACCGUUCUUACUACGACUGGAUGGGUAGACCAGGUCAUCUGCAUCUUGCGGAGCGCCUUACCGAGCACGCCGGAGGCGCCAACAUCUGGUUGAAGCGAGAGGACUUGAAUCACACUGGAAGUCACAAGAUCAACAACGCACUCGGACAGGUGCUCAUUGCCAGGAGACUUGGAAAGACUGAGAUCAUUGCCGAGACUGGAGCUGGUCAGCACGGUGUUGCAACGGCCACGGUAUGCGCCAAGUUCAACAUGAAGUGCACCAUCUACAUGGGAGCUGAGGAUGUCAGGCGCCAAGCCUUGAAUGUGUUCCGCAUCAAGUUGCUUGGUGCGCAGGUUGUUGCUGUCGAGGCUGGUGCUCAAACCCUGCGUGAUGCAGUCAACGAGGCAAUGCGCGCCUGGGUCGUCCACCUCGACACGACUCACUACAUUAUCGGAUCUGCCAUCGGCCCUCAUCCUUUCCCCACCAUUGUCCGCACUUUCCAGUCCAUUAUCGGAAACGAGACCAAGGAGCAGAUGCAAGCGAAGCGCGGCAAGCUUCCCGAUGCCGUAGUCGCCUGUGUUGGUGGUGGCAGCAACGCCGCAGGAAUGUUCUACCCCUUCUCCAAGGACCUCUCUGUCAAACUUCUCGGUGUCGAAGCUGGUGGUGAUGGUGUCGACACCGACCGCCACAGCGCGACUCUCUCAGCCGGAAGCAAGGGUGUGCUCCACGGAGUCCGUACUUACGUUAUCCAGAACAAGCACGGACAGAUUAGCGAGACUCACUCCGUCUCUGCUGGUCUUGACUACCCUGGUGUAGGACCUGAGCUUGCCAGCUGGAAGGACAGCGACCGUGCCAAGUUCAUUGCUUGUACAGAUGCCGAGGCCUUUAUCGGCUUCCGUCUCUUAUCACAGCUUGAGGGUAUUAUCCCCGCGCUGGAGACAUCGCACGCCGUGUUUGGUGCUAUUGAGCUGGCAAAGACGAUGAACAAGGACCAAGACAUUGUCAUUUGCGUGUCUGGACGUGGUGACAAGGACGUGCAGAGUGUUGCUGAGGAGCUGCCCAAGCUGGGACCCAAGAUCGGCUGGGAUCUGAGGUUCUAA